UUUAACCAUAAAGAAGAAAAGAAACACUUCUGUCUGAAAAUUAUCAGAGAAGAAAGGAAAAAUAAUGGGAGGAGGAAACAAAUUUCAAGAACCGGUGAAGAUUAGCCGUAGGAGACAAGUAAGGAAAGAGAAGGAAGAAGAUGAAGUCAAUGAAAGCUUCAAAUCGCCAAAUCUUGAAGCUGAGAGACGUAGAAGAGAGAAGCUACAUGGUCGGCUUAUGGCUCUGCGAUCUCAUGUUCCAAUUGUCACAAACAUGACUAAAGCGAGUAUUGUUGAAGAUGCGAUUACUUACAUAGGAGAGCUUCAAAAGAUUGUUCAGAAUCUUACAGAGAAGCUUCAUGAAAUGGAAGAAACUCCUCUUGAGAUUUAUGAACAACAAACGGUUCAUACUAUAAAACCUGAAGUUGAAGCUAUUGAUUUGAAAGUGGAGAUGAAGAAAAUGGGAAUCGAGGUUUUUUUAUUUAUCAGUCGGUUCUUGAUUCUUUUUUUAUCUUUCUUGAUGAUUUUUGUUAUUUUUGGACAGGAGAAUGUGCAGUUUUGUAAGAUUGGGAAGAGGAAGUUUUGGUUAAAGAUCACAACAGAGAAGAGACCUGGGAUCUUUACUAAAUUCAUGGAGGUUAUGUGCCUGUUGGGAUUUGAGAUCAUUGACAUUACUCUAGCUACUUCAAAUGGAGCAAUUAUUAUUUGUUCCUCUGUUCAGAUACUUCAGGGACUAUGUGAUGGUGACUCUGUUGAUCCUGAACAGACAAAGGACUUUCUGUUGGAAGUCAUGAGAAGCAAUCCAUGAGUGAUACAUCUUGGAAAUUUUCGAGCUAAUAAUGAUUUCCCUUGAUUUACAAUUUUUAAUCCUAGUUUAAUGUGAAAUGAUUCAGAUGAAACAGAGCUUCAUCGUAUCUCAUUUGUUUUUCUGCAAAAUGUUGUUAAUUAGCCUCUGUUUCUGCCUUAGUCCACUGUUGAUUGAAUCUUCUAGUUAGUCCAGAGGCUUCUCUUUUCAUUUUCAUGUGAUGCUGUGACCUGUGAUAAACAUAGAUUGUUGCAGUUUCUUAGAAAUUUGUUGUGAUCUAUAAGAAUGUGAUUAAUCAUUUGGAAUCUAAUACGGAACUUAUGUAAGAGGGUAUGAAUUCUGAAGGAGAAUGAAUGACUUGUGAACAAAUUUCUCAAAACAGGAGGUGUAUCUCAACGUAAAAACAUAAAAAAUUAAUGAAAACUGAUGAAAGAGGAGAGAGUUAAUUUCUCAUUUAGUAUGUAAGAUAUCCUAAAGAACCUUAAGUACAUAUUUGUCAUAUGAUAAUUGGUUAUAUUAUUCUAAGAAACUUAAAAGGUAAAUAUAUAAUUAUAAUACUAAUUUUAUUUUAUUUUCUUUGGAACGCCAAUAAUUAUAAUACUAAUUAUUUUUUUCUUAUAGAAACUAUCAGACUUUUUACCAUUAAUCGUGGGUUCGACCCAAAAAUGGGCCAAGUUCUACAACAGGGCUUUAUUAUAAAUGUGCCAAAUUCGAGUUGGCCCACUUUUUAAAUUUUUCGUGCAAAUUAAGGAAAAUGAUUAAAUGCAUUUAAAUAUUUAUUAAUUACAAUUAUUCAACCAAUAUUAUUAAAAAUGAAUAAAAUUAUUUAUAUAAUCAAUGUAUUUAUAAUUAAUAUUUUCUUUGUUUCAUAUUAAAUGUCAUUUUAGUUUUCUUUUACAUUCAUUAUAAGUGUCGUUUUAUAUUUUUAAGGUAAAUAUUAAAUAUUUUUUUCAAAUUUUUAUCUUUAUUUUUUAACUCAUUAAUUAACAAAAUCAAAUAAAAGAAUGCAUUAAAUAAGAAUAAAACUGAAAAUUUAAUCAUUUUCUUAAUUCGUAUGUAAAAAUUGUAAAUGACAUUUAUAAUGACACAAAUAGAAUAUUAAGUUAAAAUUGAAUUGAAUUCUAAAAUAACAUUUUUAUGUAAAGUAAAAUGUUAAAAUAAUAUUUU